AUGUGUCAUAUUUUGAUUCCUAUCUCGUUAUUUUCUUUUCUCUGCAGUUUCGAUGUGGACAAUGGCACGUCAUCAGGUCGCAGCCCCCUGGACCCGAUGGCCAGCCCGAGCUCAGGCCUCAUCCUGCAGGCCAAUUUUGUCCACAGCCAGCGGAGAAAGUCGUUCCUGUACCGCUCCGACAGCGACUACGACCUCUCUCCUAAGUCCAUGUCCCGUAACUCCUCCAUUGCCAGUGACAUUCAUGGCGACGAUAUGAUUGUAACCCCAUUUGCACAGGUUCUUGCCAGUUUAAGAACUGUACGAAACAACUUUGGUGCAUUAACUAAUCUACAGCAAGACAGAGCGUCCAAUAAGAUAUCACCAAUGUGUAACCCUCCGCCUAUCACCAAGACCACCUUCACAGAGGAGGCCUACCAGAAGCUGGCCACCGAGACCCUGGAAGAGUUGGACUGGUGCCUGGACCAGUUGGAAACACUGCAGACCAGACACUCAGUCAGCGAGAUGGCCUCCAAUAAGUUCAAGAGGAUGUUGAACAGGGAGCUGACCCACCUAUCAGAGAUGAGCCGCUCUGGAAACCAGGUGUCUGAGUUCAUCUCAAGCACCUUCUUGGACAAGCAACAUGAGGUGGAGAUGACGUCGCCUCAGAUGCAGAAGGAGAAGGAGAAGAAGAACAAACCCAUGUCUCAGAUCAGUGGGGUGAAAAAGCUGCAACACUCCUCCAGCCUCUCAAACUCUAAUAUCCCUCGCUUUGGUGUUAAAACAGAAACAGAGGAUGAGCUGGCUAAGGAAUUGGAGAAUGUGAAUAAAUGGGGUCUUAAUGUCUUUAAAAUCUCAGAGUUCUCUGGGAACCGGCCGUUAACAGUCAUAAUGUAUACGAUAGUCCAGGAGAGGGACUUGUUAAAAACUUUUAAAAUUCCACUCGACACCUUUAUAACAUACCUGAUGACCUUAGAAGACCAUUACCAUGGCGACGUCGCCUACCACAACAACAUCCCCGCCGCUCACGUCACCCAGUCAACUCACGUGAUGCCGUCCACCCCUGCCCUGGAGGCUGUGUUCACUGACCUAGAAAUCUUAGCUGCCAUCUUCGCCAGUGCAAUCCAUGACGUGGACCAUCCUGGAGUCUCCAAUCAGUUCCUCAUCAACACGAAUUCUGAGCUAGCAUUGAUGUACAAUGACUCGUCUGUUUUGGAGAAUCACCAUUUAGCAGUCGGUUUCAAGCUUCUGCAGGAGGAGAACUGUGACAUCUUCCAAAACCUGACCAAAAAACAAAGACAAUCACUGCGAAAAAUGGUCAUUGAUAUUGUGCUAGCAACAGACAUGUCAAAGCACAUGAAUCUACUGGCUGAUCUGAAGACUAUGGUAGAAACCAAGAAGGUGACCAGCUCUGGUGUCUUGUUGCUGGACAACUAUUCUGACAGGAUACAGGUUCUCCAGAACAUGGUUCACUGUGCGGACCUGAGCAACCCCACCAAACCUCUGCAGCUGUACACGCAGUGGACGGACCGCAUCAUGGAGGAGUUCUUCAGCCAGGGCGAUCGAGAGAGGGAGCGAGGCAUGGAGAUCAGUCCCAUGUGUGACAAACACAACGCCUCAGUAGAAAAGAGCCAGGUUGGUUUCAUCGAUUAUAUCGUUCACCCUUUAUGGGAGACGUGGGCUGACCUGGUCCAUCCAGAUGCCCAAGACAUCCUGGACACAUUGGAAGACAACAGGGAUUGGUACCAAAGUACCAUCCCCCAAAGUCCUUCUCCAGCACUGGAUGAGCCUGAGGACGGCACUCGACCCCCUGGUGGGGACAAGUUCCAGUUUGAGCUCACCCUGGAAGAGGACUGCGAGUCGGACACUGAGAAAGACAGUGGCAGUCAACCAGAGGAGGAAGACGAGGAGGAAGAGUACAAGAAAGAGGACAACAGCUGUACUGAUUCUAAAACACUCUGUACGCAGGACUCUGAAUCAACAGAGAUUCCUUUGAAUGAACAGGUGGGGGAGGAGGAUCGGGAGGAGAUACCCUGCUUGCAACCGUACGUGUUGGAGGAGGACAUAGCAGAGGUGGAGGACAAUGAGGAGACAGAGAAAUCCUCCGACACAGCAGUGUAUGGACAGCACCUGACUAACUGUUCUUCUUAGUAAUGACAGAUGAUUAUUUAUAGAAUAUUUUGUUGAGUCUAGCUGUGUUUUUUAUACAUAUUUGUUUAUGGUUCCAAAGCGUUGUCCAUAUUGGCCAUCCUUCUUUUUUAGCUUCAUUCAGACAUGCCCACUGGUACUUCAAGUUUUUUUGCACUCAGGAAACCGUCUUUCAUCCACAUCUGUACCGAAGCGGUGUGUCUUUAGUUCAGCUCUCCACCUCCACUGUAGGACAUGGACAGUGUGCUCCGUAAUGUCACAUUGUCUCAUGUUCUUAUUUCAUGCUUUGCCUCAGCCUUGCCAGAAAGUAUAGCAGUGAUUUUAUUAGGUGUCCAUCCCCCUACAGAGACAAUUACUGACAUGCCAUCCAUCCAUCCAUCCAUCCAUAAUCAACCGCUUAUCCGGGGCCGGG